AGUCUGCAUGGAGCUCUACAAUGUGUUUAUAAACUACAGAGCGCUGUUAUAUUGUAUUAUUUUGAAAGGUCCGGGUUGUAGUGUGGUAGGAGCGCGUUGUUUUAUCCGUUCAGACACUGAGGGAGAGCAGAGAGGAGGUGAGAGAGUCUGCAUGGAGCUCUACAAUGUGUUUAUAAACUACAGAGCGCUGUUAUAUUGUAUUAUUUUGAAAGGUCCGGGUUGUAGUGUGGUAGGAGCGCGUUGUUUUAUCCGUUCAGACACUGAGGGAGAGCAGAGAGGAGGUGAGAGAGUCUGCAUGGAGCUCUACAAUGUGUUUAUAAACUACAGAGCGCUGUUAUAUUGUAUUAUUUUGAAAGGUCCGGGUUGUAGUGUGGUAGGAGCGCGUUGUUUUAUCCGUUCAGACACUGAGGGAGAGCAGAGAGGAGGUGAGAGAGUCUGCAUGGAGCUCUACAAUGUGUUUAUAAACUACAGAGCGCUGUUAUAUUGUAUUAUUUUGAAAGGUCCGGGUUGUAGUGUGGUAGGAGCGCGUUGUUUUAUCCGUUCAGACACUGAGGGAGAGCAGAGAGGAGGUGAGAGAGUCUGCAUGGAGCUCUACAAUGUGUUUAUAAACUACAGAGCGCUGUUAUAUUGUAUUAUUUUGAAAGGUCCGGGUUGUAGUGUGCUAGGAGCGCGUUGUUUUAUCCGUUCAGACACUGAGGGAGAGCAGAGAGGAGGUGAGAGAGUCUGCAUGGAGCUCUACAAUGUGUUUAUAAACUACAGAGCGCUGUUAUAUUGUAUUAUUUUGAAAGGUCCGGGUUGUAGUGUGGUAGGAGCGCGUUGUUUUAUCCGUUCAGACACUGAGGGAGAGCAGAGAGGAGGUGAGAGAGUCUGCAUGGAGCUCUACAAUGUGUUUAUAAACUACAGAGCGCUGUUAUAUUGUAUUAUUUUGAAAGGUCCGGGUUGUAGUGUGGUAGGAGCGCGUUGUUUUAUCCGUUCAGACACUGAGGGAGAGCAGAGAGGAGGUGAGAGAGUCUGCAUGGAGCUCUACAAUGUGUUUAUAAACUACAGAGCGCUGUUAUAUUGUAUUAUUUUGAAAGGUCCGGGUUGUAGUGUGGUAGGAGCGCGUUGUUUUAUCCGUUCAGACACUGAGGGAGAGCAGAGAGGAGGUGAGAGAGUCUGCAUGGAGCUCUACAGUGUGUUUAUAAACUACAGAGCGCUGUUAUAUUGUAUUAUUUUGAAAGGUCCGGGUUGUAGUGUGGUAGGAGCGCGUUGUUUUAUCCGUUCAGACACUGAGGGAGAGCAGAGAGGAGGUGAGAGAGUCUGCAUGGAGCUCUACAAUGUGUUUAUAAACUACAGAGCGCUGUUAUAUUGUAUUAUUUUGAAAGGUCCGGGUUGUAGUGUGGUAGGAGCGCGUUGUUUUAUCCGUUCAGACACUGAGGGAGAGCAGAGAGGAGGUGAGAGAGUCUGCAUGGAGCUCUACAAUGUGUUUAUAAACUACAGAGCGCUGUUAUAUUGUAUUAUUUUGAAAGGUCCGGGUUGUAGUGUGGUAGGAGCGCGUUGUUUUAUCCGUUCAGACACUGAGGGAGAGCAGAGAGGAGGUGAGAGAGUCUGCAUGGAGCUCUACAAUGUGUUUAUAAACUACAGAGCGCUGUUAUAUUGUAUUAUUUUGAAAGGUCCGGGUUGUAGUGUGGUAGGAGCGCGUUGUUUUAUCCGUUCAGACACUGAGGGAGAGCAGAGAGGAGGUGAGAGAGUCUGCAUGGAGCUCUACAAUGUGUUUUUAAACUACAGAGCGCUGUUAUAUUGUAUUAUUUUGAAAGGUCCGGGUUGUAGUGUGGUAGGAGCGCGUUGUUUUAUCCGUUCAGACACUGAGGGAGAGCAGAGAGGAGGUGAGAGAGUCUGCAUGGAGCUCUACAAUGUGUUUAUAAACUACAGAGCGCUGUUAUAUUGUAUUAUUUUGAAAGGUCCGGGUUGUAGUGUGGUAGGAGCGUGUUGUUUUAUCCGUUCAGACACUGAGGGAGAGCAGAGAGGAGGUGAGAGAGUCUGCAUGGAGCUCUACAAUGUGUUUAUAAACUACAGAGCGCUGUUAUAUUGUAUUAUUUUGAAAGGUCCGGGUUGUAGUGUGGUAGGAGCGUGUUGUUUUAUCCGUUCAGACACUGAGGGAGAGCAGAGAGGAGGUGAGAGAGUCUGCAUGGAGCUCUACAAUGUGUUUAUAAACUACAGAGCGCUGUUAUAUUGUAUUAUUUUGAAAGGUCCGGGUUGUAGUGUGGUAGGAGCGCGUUGUUUUAUCCGUUCAGACACUGAGGGAGAGCAGAGAGGAGGUGAGAGAGUCUGCAUGGAGCUCUACAAUGUGUUUAUAAACUACAGAGCGCUGUUAUAUUGUAUUAUUUUGAAAGGUCCGGGUUGUAGUGUGGUAGGAGCGCGUUGUUUUAUCCGUUCAGACACUGAGGGAGAGCAGAGAGGAGGUGAGAGAGUCUGCAUGGAGCUCUACAAUGUGUUUAUAAACUACAGAGCGCUGUUAUAUUGUAUUAUUUUGAAAGGUCCGGGUUGUAGUGUGGUAGGAGCGCGUUGUUUUAUCCGUUCAGACACUGAGGGAGAGCAGAGAGGAGGUGAGAGAGUCUGCAUGGAGCUCUACAAUGUGUUUAUAAACUACAGAGCGCUGUUAUAUUGUAUUAUUUUGAAAGGUCCGGGUUGUAGUGUGGUAGGAGCGCGUUGUUUUAUCCGUUCAGACACUGAGGGAGAGCAGAGAGGAGGUGAGAGUGUCUGCAUGGAGCUCUACAAUGUGUUUAUAAACUACAGAGCGCUGUUAUAUUGUAUUAUUUUGAAAGGUCCGGGUUGUAGUGUGGUAGGAGCGCGUUGUUUUAUCCGUUCAGACACUGAGGGAGAGCAGAGAGGAGGUGAGAGAGUCUGCAUGGAGCUCUACAAUGUGUUUAUAAACUACAGAGCGCUGUUAUAUUGUAUUAUUUUGAAAGGUCCGGGUUGUAGUGUGGUAGGAGCGCGUUGUUUUAUCCGUUCAGACACUGAGGGAGAGCAGAGAGGAGGUGAGAGAGUCUGCAUGGAGCUCUACAAUGUGUUUAUAAACUACAGAGCGCUGUUAUAUUGUAUUAUUUUGAAAGGUCCGGGUUGUAGUGUGGUAGGAGCGCGUUGUUUUAUCCGUUCAGACACUGAGGGAGAGCAGAGAGGAGAAGAGAACAAAGAGAGACUAACAGCACGCAGGUGACAUCCAGGGAGGGGCUGACGUGUUGAGCGUGGAACUGCAAGAGAGGGGUUUAAAUAUGCAGUGCAGUCUAGUCUACACAGAUUACCUUUCGCUGUCCGUUUGAGCUGCCUAUUUACCCUGAAGAGAAGAAUUGAACGGUCAGAGCGAGUGACUAGAGCACUAGAGCCGUGCUGCACAUCCCACUGACAAUAC